AGAUUGUAAAAUGGCGCUUUGUUUUCGCAAAUGCUCCGAGUUUAUUUGAUACAAAUUUUCAUCUAUAUGAUAUUGUUUACGUAAACGUAAUUCUCAUAAUGUAAAUUUCUACUACUAAACAUCGACCUAGAGCUACUACUCUUUCAUUUGCGCGCGCAUCCGCCUGUAGCAUUAGCUCACUAGCUAUUUUUUGCUAAGCUAACAUUGACCGUGCAGCUGUUUUUCCAGCCUGCAGCACAAAUAAAGAAAAAUGGGUUAUUUAAAACUCAUUGAGAUCGAGAACUUUAAAUCAUAUAAAGGGAGGCAGAUCAUUGGACCGUUUCAUAAAUUUACUGCGAUCAUCGGACCUAAUGGAUCGGGAAAGUCCAACCUCAUGGAUGCCAUCAGCUUUGUGUUGGCAGAGAAAACCAGUAAUCUGCGUGUAAAGACUCUGAAGGAUCUGAUCCAUGGAGCACCAGUAGGAAAACCAGCUGCAAACCGAGCCUUUGUCAGCAUGGUUUACCAAGAGGAUAAUGGCGAGGAACGCACCUUCACAAGAGUUAUCAUUGGUUCUUCUUCUGAGUAUCGGAUCAACAGCAAAGUUGUGGGUCUGCCAGAUUAUAGUGAAGAACUGGAAAAACUUGGCAUUUUGAUCAAGGCUCGGAACUUCCUGGUUUUCCAGGGAGCGGUAGAGUCUAUUGCCAUGAAGAACCCCAAAGAGCGUACAGCUCUGUUUGAGGAGAUCUCACGCUCAGGAGAGCUAGCCCAGGAGUAUGAUCGACGGAAGAAGGAAAUGGUGAAGGCAGAAGAAGACACGCAGUUCAAUUACCAUCGCAAGAAAAACAUUGCUGCAGAACGCAAAGAAGCUAAGCAAGAGAAGGAGGAGGCCGAGCGUUACCAGAGACUUAAGGAUGAAGUGGCCAGAGCCAGCGUUCAGCUCCAGCUCUUCAAGCUGUACCACAAUGAAACUGAGAUCGAAAAGCUCAACAAAGAGCUGGGCCAGCGGAACAAGGAGAUCGAGAAGGACCGUAAGAAGAUGGACCACGUGGAGGAAGAGCUAAAAGACAAGAAAAAGGAGCUGGGCAGAAUGAUGAGGGAGCAGCAGACCAUCGAGAAAGAAAUCAAGGAAAAGGAUUCUGAGCUGAACCAGAAGCGGCCUCAGUACAUCAAGGCCAAGGAGAACACUGCUCACAAGAUCAAGAAGCUGGAGGCGGCGCGGAAAUCGCUGCAGAAUGCACAGAAAAUGUACAAGAAGCGCAAAGCAGACAUGGACGAGUUAGACAAAGAGAUGAGGGCAGUGGAGUUAGCCAAACAAGAUUUUGAGGAAAGGAUGGAGGAGGAGGCACAGAGCCAGGGCCAGGACCUCACUCUAGAGGAAAAUCAGGUUAAGCAGUACCAUCGCCUGAAGGAGGAGGCCAGCAAGCGCGCUGCAACUUUGGCCCAAGAGCUGGAAAAGUUCAACCGCGACCAGAAGGCUGACCAGGACCGCCUUGACUUGGAGGAGAGGAAGAAAGUGGAAACAGAGGCUAAAAUCAAACAGAAAAUCCGUGAAAUCGAGGAAAACCAGAAGCGUAUCGAGAAAUUAGAGGAUUAUAUCACCACCAGCAGGCAGUCACUUGAUGAACAGAAGCGCAUGGAGGAAGAGCUGACUGAGGAGGUGGAGAUGGCCAAGAGAAGAAUUGAUGAGAUUAACAUGGAGCUCAACCAGGUCAUGGAGCAGCUGGGGGACGCCAGAAUCGACAGGCAGGAGAACAGCCGACAGCAGCGUAAAGCCGAGAUCAUGGAGAGCAUCAAACGGCUGUAUCCUGGCUCUGUGUAUGGCCGCCUGAUCGACUUGUGUCAGCCCACUCAGAAGAAGUAUCAGAUUGCUGUCACCAAAGUGUUGGGCAAAAACAUGGACGCCAUCAUUGUUGACUCUGAGAAGACGGGCAGAGACUGUAUUCAGUACAUUAAGGAGCAGCGAGGAGAGCCUGAGACCUUCCUUCCUCUAGACUACCUCGAGGUAAAACCAACAGAUGAAAAACUCCGAGAACUGCGAGGGGCAAAGCUGGUGAUUGAUGUGAUUCGCUAUGAGCCGCCCCACAUCAAGAAAGCUCUGCAGUACGCCUGUGGCAACGCUCUCGUGUGUGAGAAUGUAGAGGACGCUCGACGGAUUGCUUUUGGGGGGCCGUACAGACACAAGACUGUUGCUCUGGACGGAACUCUGUUCCAGAAGUCUGGAGUCAUCUCCGGAGGAGCCAGCGACCUGAAAGCCAAGGCCAGACGUUGGGACGAGAAGGCAGUGGAUAAACUCAAAGAGAAAAAGGAAAAACUUACCGAGGAGCUCAAGGAACAAAUGAAAGCAAAGAGGAAGGAGGCGGAGCUGCGGCAGGUGCAGUCUCAGGCUCACGGGCUGCAGAUGAGACUGAAGUACUCUCAGAGUGAUCUGGAGCAGACAAAAACUCGUCACCUCUCCCUCAACAUGCAGGAGAAGUCCAAACUAGAGAGCGAGCUGGCAAACUUCGGCCCUCGCAUCAACGAUAUCAAAAGGAUAAUCCAGUCCCGUGAGCGUGAAAUCACCGACCUCCGUGAUCGCAUGAACCUGGUGGAAGACGAGGUGUUUGUCGAGUUCUGCAAAGAGAUCGGGGUGAGGAACAUCCGAGAGUUUGAGGAGGAAAAAGUAAAGAGACAGAACGAGAUCGCCAAGAAACGACUUGAGUUUGAGACUCAGAAAACCCGUCUGGGCAUUCAGGUGGAUUAUGAGAAAAACCAGCUGAAGGAGGACCAAGAGAAGGUCAUGAUGUGGGAGCAGACUGUCAAGAAGGACGAGGCGGAAAUAGAGCGACUAAAGAAGGAGGAGCACAGGCACAUGAAAAUCAUCGACGAGACGAUGGCUCAGCUGCAGGACCUGAAAAACCAGCACCUCACCAAGAAAUCUGAAGUCAACGAUAAAAACCACGAAAUGGAGGAAAUCCGCAAAAAACUUGGAGGAGCUAACAAAGAGUUGACCCAGCUCCAAAAGGAGGUGACGGCCAUCGAGACCAAACUGGAGCAGAAGCGCAGUGACCGCCACAACCUGCUGCAGGCCUGCAAAAUGCAGGACAUCAGGCUGCCUCUUCGCUCAGGAACUAUGGAUGAUAUCAGCCAGGGAGAGGGAAGCUCUCAGACUGAUGAGUCCAGUAGUCAGAGGACAUCCAGCAGCGUCCUGGCUAAAGAAGCGCUCAUUGAGAUUGAUUAUAGCAGCCUGUCUGAAGACCUUAAGGACGCUCUGUCAGAGGAGGAGAUCAAGGGGGAGACCAACACACUCCAGCAGCGUCUGAACGAGCAGCAGAGCAUCCUGCAGAGGAUCAGCGCUCCCAACAUGAAGGCCAUGGAAAAGCUCGAGAGUGUCAGGGACAAGUUCCAGGAGACCAGUGAUGAGUUUGAAGCUGCUCGUAAGAGGGCUAAGAAGGCCAAACAAGCCUUUGAGCAGAUCAAGAAAGAGAGGUUUGACCGUUUCAACACCUGCUUUGAGUCUGUGGCGACCAACAUCGAUGAGAUUUACAAAGCGCUGUCUCGCAACAGCAGCGCUCAGGCUUUCUUGGGCCCAGAAAACCCAGAAGAGCCGUAUCUGGACGGCAUCAAUUAUAACUGUGUGGCUCCAGGAAAACGGUUCAGACCCAUGGACAAUCUGUCUGGAGGAGAGAAGACCGUUGCUGCUCUGGCUCUGCUGUUCGCCAUUCACAGCUACAAACCGGCUCCCUUCUUUGUCCUGGAUGAGAUCGAUGCCGCUCUGGACAACACUAACAUUGGCAAGGUGGCAAAUUACAUCAAAGACCAGUCUGUGCAGAACUUCCAGGCCAUCGUCAUUUCUCUGAAGGAGGAGUUCUACACUAAAGCAGACUCUCUCAUCGGUGUCUAUCCAGAGCAAGGAGAUUGCGUCAUCAGUAAGGUGCUCACCUUUGACCUCUCCCAGUAUCAGGAUGCCAACCCCAACCCAAAUGAAUAAUUCUGGCUUCUCCACGUCAGCAUUUUGAAAAGGUUUUACUCUGAGGUCAAAUUACGCAUCAGAUUUCUUUUCCAGUUUUUUUUUUCCCUUUUCUUUUCUGUUUUUAUAUAUGCUAGUGUGAUAAACGUGUCUUUUUAUUGGUAGCUAUUUUCUUCUUCGUAGGCAGUAAAAAUGUACAUACAUUAUCUUAAAGCAGCCCUUCUUCAAUUUGGCUAUAAUAGUUAAACCAAAAAUGAUCAUGAUGACAGUGAGGAAAGUCCAGCUGUAUUGAGGUUCGCACAUUUGCAGACUUUUGUGGCGCCGACUUUCAGUCUAUGUUCUUGUUUAUACCAGCAGACUUUUACAUUUUAUGUGUGCUACAAUUUUUAUUCUAGUGCAGCAGAGACAUUCCCUUGUGAUAAUGAAAUAAACAUUUAAUUGGCUUCAGCUGGCAGCCCUUUAAUUAGAUAACAAAGCUUAGCAAAUCUGCAUAAAGCAGAUAUUAAAUAUGGAGAGGAUCUUCCAGCUGGAGGAUUGUUUGUGUGUUUGACGAACGGCGAUGUCAGCUUUUGGUAAACAAACAUCAUCAUGUCUGCGUUGAUUGAUUGCUUCAAUAAAUAUAAUUUGAAUAAUU